AUGGAUUCGCGGCGUUGCUACCUGUGGAUGUUGUUGAUUCUUUUUGAAGCUUGUUUGAUAAACGGAGAAAUGUUCGACGGUUGGAAAGAGGGGUUGUUCUCUUUGGGCGAAGGGAUCGCGACUGUGGCGCGGACUGUUGUGGACGUCGGCACCAUCAUCAACGACGCCGUCGAGGAGGACUGCGAAUAUUCGUGUCCGUCGGGGUUUGAACCAUUGCCAAGAAGAGACCAUGUGGCGACGGCAAAUGGGUGCGGCUCUUACGGGUUACAGCUUCAAGAUGUCGGGAUUACCGGUGUGAAUUUUGAUCCCUGCUGCAACUCUCAUGAUAUUUGUUAUGACACAUGUGGAACUGACAAGGAUAUCUGUGAUCUGGAG